UUUAAAGCAGCUUGUUCAUCUUGCAAAAAAAUUUUUUAAAUAAAAAAACAAACAUGAACAUUUCAAUGAUCUUAAGAGCUUGCCUUUUUCGGGUAUUUAUUAUUGGCAUAUUAAUUUCUGUUAUUGUCUGUGAGGCAAAUAAUUCUCCACCAGCUCACAGUAGUAGUAUUAGUAGCAGUAGCAGUAGUAGUAGCAGCAGCAUUUAUUUUGAUAGACAAAGUGUAACAAAGACUACAAUAAGCACAUCAUCUACCUCAAAUAUAUCUGGUCAUGGAAGCAUUGCCAGUGGUAUAGCUAGCGGUCACACCAAAGGUUCCAGUGAUGGUCAUAGCUACGAGCUUGAUAGCAGCAGCAAAAGCAACAGUGGUCACUGAUACCUAUUCUUUUUUUUUAUUCCAUCACAAUAGUGAAACC